AUGAGUAGUGGGAGAAAAGGUUAUGAUCUUCUUGCUGAUUAUUUUGACGUUUUCAAUGAAGAAGUACGGCAAUUUUUUGACCCAUUUGCAAGUAACGAUGGCUCUUUGAGAAGUUCCCGCGUUAAUAUGGACAGUAGAGUACGAUGGUUGCAGGACAACAUCGGCAUUCAGAAGAGUUAUGACGACUCAGAUAUAGAUUCUGAUGAGACGGUUGAUAGCGACGAUGAGAGUAGUUACGAGACAGCGGAAGAAUAUGAAGAGGAGAUUGAUAAAAGCGGCGGAAUUGAACCAUUAGGAACCUUUUGGAGCUCAUCAGAAAAGACUUUGUUUUUCCAUUGCCUAUCACGAUACUCAAUUCAUAGAUUAGAAGAAUGGCGAGAUCAAUUACCAGCCAAAUCGAAGUUCGAGAUAAUGGUUUACUAUAAAGUUUUACAGGACAAUUUGAACCUGCUCAAAAGGUCUGAUAUGAAGAGAUUUGGCGGCAUCUUGUCUAGGACAGAAUUGCCAAUUGCAUAUGAGAUGGACGAAUUCUUUAUUGAUUUUGAAGAAGAAAUGAGUGCCAGAAUUAGGUUAGAGGCUGACAAAAAAUACACAGAAGAGGAAGAAAGUGACGGCUUGAUAUCGCUCGAAAACUGGAAUAAAAGGUGGCUUCCCAUAUAUUCGAGAACUGCAAUCGAAGAACUUUCACCGGUGUGUAAGGAGCCAUUACCUUUUUCCCAGGAUGCUAUCGUGUUUCUAACUAAAUGUUGCAAGGAUUACACCAAGAGAGUCCUUACAUCUGCGUUACUGAAUGGCCUGGAAAAGGUGAGUGUGCCAACGGCGAUGUUUUGUGAAAAAGAAGACCUACCAAAUGAUGAUUUAACCGUCACGCAUGGCAAAUCUUCCAACCACUUCCCACGGAUUGUGACCAAAGAGACUAUCGCCAAUGCAGUUACUUUAUUGAAACAAGAAGGUUUCGAGACUCCCACACUAGGCGAAACAGUACUGCGAACAUUGGAGAAAUUUCAACUAAAAUAUCAAGAAAAAGGCAAACUCUUCAAGAACAAGCACGUAACGAUGUCGCUAGUAUCAUCCCUCAUUUCCAAUUUUCCUAUAGCCAAUACAACCGCUUAUCACGAUAAGGACGAAUCUCAUCGGGACCCACCGUUAGAUCUCAUUAUUGCUCAAAAACUACACAAGCUAAACGGAGGCCCUCCGCCUCGCAAGAAACAGCGACUCGCCGGUGCAACGCGCAGGUUCCCCGAAGAUGACACACUCGACAGAAUUGACAAUCCACUCGAGCUAGAUCUCUGCGAUUGGGAGACUCAACUCAUCGAUGCUGCAGACACGCGCAAGUCUCGCGUCUACCAGCACACCUUGCUUGCCUAUUUUAGCCGCAACACAGAACUAUUGGAUCUCAAAACACUCACCACAGACCUUGAUAUGGCAUCCAGCUGUCCAGUACCGUCCUUGACCUCCAGUAUGGUAAACCGAUACUUGCACACUAACACGUGA